AUGCAGAGCCUACAACAAAGGAUGGACGAUUGGAAGCAACGAGUCAGGAUCCUGAUGAAUCAGAUACUUACCGUGGAUCAAUACUAUGUAACCAGCGACGAGUAUAAAUUCACCGGACAGGCGUCCUAUGCCGAUAUAGCCGCUGGUCGUACCAGUCCAAGUUCAAGAGGCUGUAGUCCGUACAGAAAUCAACGAGAUGAACCUCCUCCUUCCUGUCCCCUACCAAUUCAGAUAUUGCCGUACAACGUAACGCAACUUUCUGAACAGAAAGCAAUCGAAGUAAAACAUGUCGAAGAUGUUCAGCCGAAACUCGCACAGAUUCAAAUGCAAACGGACGAUAGUAACAGCGAUAAUGAAAAUUCAAUUCGUUCAGUUCAGCAAGAAGAACAAACACCAAAAGUGGAAGAAGAAGGAACUGUAACCGAUAGCACAUUAAAUAGUCUUCCUGUAAUCACGGUAGUCGAAUCAAUUCCUCGUCGAGGACGUUCACCAAUAAGAAAAUCAACUUCUGCUCGACCUAACAUGCAAACUAACAAGAAAUAUGAAAAUCCACGUUCGCCUGUAUCAUGCGCAACGGAAAAGCAAAUAUUAAGAUCUAAAAAUGUGAAGAAUACGUUGAUUCCAUGCGAUGAUAAUAGAGGUCGAUCUGCUAGCCCUAUUUGGGUUCCUGGUUCGACUUCCUAUGCCGAUAUACUUCGAGGAGGUACUCACGCAACAUUUAACACAUCUGAUUCGAUGGAUAACGAUAUAAAUUCAUUAACGAAGGAAACUCAUAACACGCAUUCAAAUGCAACUGAAAGUAACUCGAUUAAUCUCACGUUAUCGGAGACACAUAUAAAUGAAACUCAUACAAUCGAAUCAGAAUCUAUUAAACCAUUGGAAAGUUCGAUGUCAAUUGAUGACAAACAAUUAUAUGAACAAAGUCAGGAAACAGUUAUUGAAAAGGAUGACACUAAAAAUUUCUCACAGGAGACUAGUAAUACUUGGUCUAGUGAAUCAUUAGAACACUGUGACGUACUCGAAGAGAAGCAUUAUGACAACAUAGAAAGUCAAGUACCAACGACUGAGACUUACGAGUACAUACACCAACCUAUGACCGAACUAGUAGGAUUCAUAGGUUCCCAACUUGGUGCUUAUCCUGUAGGUUCGUAUGUUUACGCACCAGUAGAACUUCAUCAGCAAAUACAACUCGAUACAAUCACUCCGCAACAUUAUAGUCAAAUGGGUGGUUACACAACGAAUCAUUAUGUUGGUCAAAAUAAUUUUCUACCGACAACUAGCAUAUGUCAUGAGUCUCAUAUACAACAACAACGUGAGUGUCCUACAAAUGAAUCGGAAAAUAGUAAAAAUGCAAAAAUUAUUAAUUCUCAAUCUUCUUCAGUUCUUGAAGUUUCUAAUUUGGAAAUAUCGUCAUUCCCGAUAUCUAAUAUCACUGAGCAGACUGAAUCUAAAAACGAGCAAAAUGUUUCCUUAAAUACUAUAAAUAUGGAUAAUAGUACAAAUUCAGAUAAUAUUGAAAAGAAGAAUACAAGUGUAUCAAAUAACACAGAAAACAAAAGUCAGAUAUUCUCAUACGCUCAAAUUCUUUCUCAAGGUCUUAAUUCUCGGACUGAAUCAGCAAGUAUAGAUAGAUCAACGACAGAGCAAAUCAGAGGACGCUCAGGAUCACCAAAAAUUGCUUCGCUUCAAUAUGAUCUUCCAAUGACUCAGCCAACGAUAAAUCCUCAAGAAGAAGAAAAUGUAGAAAAGAUUCAAUCGAAACAAUCUAGAGGAAAUGAUUGGGAUACUAUGAAGAAAAAAGAUACAAAAAAGAAACCCCAAUCUCGAUCUAUGGAAAAAUCAAAAUAUACGCAAGAUAAAAGAAUUUCGAUUUCCACGGAAAAAGCGAAAGAGGUUUUUGAGAGAGAAAUUACUCCUUCGAAAGAAAUUAUCCGAUCACAAAAUUUACCAACAGUUUCAGCUCAAAAAACAAAUGGUGCUAGGAAAGAAGACAAAGUAGAAAAUAAGCAGCAAAAGAAAAAAACAGGGCAUGCAAAACAAAAACAAGAUCAACAAAAGGAGAAAGUAAACCAACAGCAAAAGGAAAAGCAAGAUCACCAGAAGGAAAAGUUAGAUCAACAGAAAGAAAAACACGAUCUACAAAUGGAAAAGCAAUAUCAACCGAAGGAAAAGCAAAAACAUUUAAAAGAAAAACAAGAACAGCAAAAGGAAAAGCAAGAACAGCGUAAAGAAAAGGAAGAACAGCAAAAGGAAAACCAAGAUCAACCUAAAGUACGAACACCUGAAACUACUGGAGCAACGAAAGGACCAUUAGAAAAGAAACGUAAGCAAAAGAAGAAAAAAUCAGAUAAAACAAUUGAUGAUGAAAUUGACAAGGCUCUGAAAGAAAUAGAAGAUAUGGAUAAACAGAAAGCUAAGAAAGUCGAGCUUUCAAGCGAGGAAAUAAAUUUGAAAUCCGAAUCUGAAUUAAUAGAGUCAAAUAAAUCCAAAGAAGACGUAAAAUCGAAGAAAAAGAACAAAGUCGAUAGUCCUAAACAAACUAAAGAAAAUAUACACGAUUUCAAAACGACCGAUAUCAAACCAAUUGAUAAGAAAUCUGAACAACUAUCUCAAUACCACAAUGAAUCUUGGAAAAUGAAUAAAAGUAUCAGUAGUACUAUUGAAGCUUAUACAGAAAAAUUGAAAGCGAUUAAGAAGAAUCAUAAAGUUAAUGUUCAGAAUAUUGAGGAAGUUUUGGAAAAUAUUACAUCUAAGAAUGACGAUAAGAUAGAAGAAGCAAAACCAGAAAAUAAGUUAAAAUGUAGCGAUGACAGCAAUAUUGAAAGAAAGAAAGAAACUGUGCCAAUUCCUUCAAAGGUGAAACAAAAAGAAAAAUUAAAGGAUAAGACCGUAACAGAAAAAUUAGUUUCAACCUACGUGGUGGAAUCAAAAGAGCAACCUAUAGAAAAAUCCAUAACACAAUGCAUUAUUUCAUUAGAUGAAACCAAUACUGCUUCUUCUCUUGAAAUUGUUGAAGAAACGGAACAAGACAGAACAGAAGUUAAUUCUAAAGAAAUGACUAUUAUUCAAGAUGCAAAAGUGAAAUCUACGAAAAAAAUAUCGAAGACAUCUAAAAUUAAAGACAUGCCUUCGCCAAAAAAAAUUGUUGAACAAAAAGAACCUCUACCUUCUUUCGAAGAGGAGAUAAUCUCUAAAGAUAAAAAGCAAACGGAAGAAAAGAUUUUAUCUGAGGCACCUGCUAGUCCUAAAGAUCAAGAUAAAUUCAAUAUGGAGCCACUUUGUAAAGAUGAAACAAGACCGAAUCUAACUAUCGAAGAAAUAAUACAAGUAUCCACAAUAAAUGAGGAUAAUAUUAAUUCCAAAUUAAUUCAAGCUGACGUUGAAUGUCCUAAAGUAGAAGAAACUGAAGAAUUUGUAGAAGAAAAAGGGGAUCAAAGAAAGGAGGAGGUCGAACAUAUUAAUCAUAGCAAUGAUUUAGAGUUGCUAAGUGUUAAUAGCGACAUUAGUGAAAACAUAGAAGCUAAAUUGAAAGAAAAUAAUGUCAAAAGCAUUGACAAUGGCUUGAAAUCAAGUGUUCCACGCAGUCCAUCGCCAUUGCAAGUAGGAAAAGCUCUCAUUAUCGAAGAAACAGUAACUACUGUAACUACCACCGUUGAUACAGGAACAAUGCAGAUAAAACCACUUGACGUGAAACCCGUUAAAAAGAUUGAAAUUUUAGAAAACGUUCCCUUAGUCAAAACUGUAGGCUCGAAAUCUUUCGACGUGAUAUCUUUGCGACCCGAGACCGUAGAAGCUAGCCUAAUCACAACAUAUGCUAGGGUUCCUGGUAAUUCUUACAUUAGCGUUGCUGAACAAGAUUCGUCCUAUCAAAUUUCUCAUACUGUCAAUCAAUCUCCCAUUGUUCCCAUUUCUUCUGAAAUUAUUGAAUCCGAUGAACCACCGUUAUUCGGGAGUAUUAAAGAUAGGAGAAAAUAUCGUGAAGAAAUAUGCGUGUCUAACGACUCUAUGAAGGAAACACUUCAUGAAAGCCAAAUGAUAUCGUUCGGUGACGAUGAAAGUACUUCUAUACAGACAGUCAUUGAUAAGGAUUUGAAAAAAAAGAACUCUGAAUCUUUGAACAGUACUAUUAUCGAUGAUGUAUAUAACUCAAUUGAAUUCGAAAACGAAAAAGAAAUAUCCGAAGAACAUUCGAAAAUUGAAGAGAAAAAUGAGCUAGUAAGUUUACAUCAAAGGAGAAAACAAACUGUUAUUGAUGAAAAUCAGUUUGUAAAAAAAGAAAAAGCUAAGGAGAAGGUAGUAAAAGAAAGGGAUGAUGAUAAUAAAACUAAACACGUAUUUGAUACACAUUCCAAUUUAGACCAACGAGAAAGCAACGAAUAUUUAUUAGAACUAAUUAAGCCUUAUUGGUUAAAUUAUCAUAAUUAUACUAAUGCGGAGAAUGAACUUUGCAGACAUUAUAAAAUUGUGCAGCUAUCACAAAAACCACGUAUAGCUGAUAUCCCUUCUGUUUGUAGUGAAGAUAAUAUUGUGAAAAUUGUUCAAGAGUCUGUUAUGAAAAAGUCUCAAGUUCAAAAGAUAAGCAACGACGAGAAAGCAGCCAACGAAAAAUCUAAGAUAAUAUCUUUGCUUGCAGACGUUCCUAAAUAUCCAAUUAUUAGCUUCUAUGAGUUCGAAUCGCAGUGGAUACAAUUUCAACAAGCAGUCACAAAAAAAUCUAUUUCUUCAUCUUCCAUUGAUUCUGCAGAUAUAAUAAUUCCAGUAAAUACUAUUUCAAGUAAGACAGAAAUAAUUGAAAAAGAUGUUAAUGCGACCUUGACAAAAAUAAACGAGAUAAUCGAUAUGCAUGAAAGUCCUGUUAAAACAAAAAACGAUGACAUUGAUGCUAAUACUAAUAAAAAUCAAUCAAAACUCGACUGUAACUUAACUCAACUCAACUCAACUCAAGCUAUACAUUUGAAAACUGAUGAUUCGUGGAUGAGUUUUUUGGAUGAAACGAUGGUGAUAAAUGAUGAUAAUUGGGAAGAAGAUACAAAUGAAAUGAAGCAGAAUCCAUCAACAAUAGUUCAGUCUGAAUUAGACCUUAUUAUUUCAACUACUAGUAGCAUGUUGGAUGAAGAAAAGUCUUUCAAUAAAGAACCGUUUAUAAAAGAAGAAGAAGAAGGUAAGGUGUCACCUAUUAAAACACAGAUAUCCAUCUCAAGUGAACCUAAAGAGAAAGAUAUUUUUGUUAAAUACGAAGAGAAGACUCAACCUAAUAAGGAUAAAAUACAUGUAUCUCAGAGAGAAACGCAAAAUGUGAUAGAACAGAAAUCUGUACAUUUAAAAUCUUCUGAAGAUUGGUUGAACUUUUUAGAUGAAGAAAUACCUAUUAAUAGUGAUGAUUUUGAAGAUCUGGAAGUUAAAUCUAAUGUAGUUAACAGGACAGAGAAUUGA